AGUGACGAACGAUCGUUCCAAAAUACAACAAGGAAGUGGACACUUAUUAAAAAGGGGGAAAAAAUUGCUAUUUUCAGAUCUGAAACAUUCGGAAUAUUAAGUUACUGUAUACAUUUCUUUUUUAUAUUUUAUAUGUUUCGGUAUUUUUUAUAAGUCAUCUUGGACAAAAACCCGCUGCUGUUCGUUUCGUGGAUCCCGAUUCAAACUAGUUAGCGAUGAACACGGACGUCGAAUUUCACAUUAGGCAGAAUUAUCCGUGGAACAAGCUACCAGCAAGUGUCAAACAGAGUGUUGGGAACUCGCAGCGUGAAUAUGAGAAACAUGUGCAGUUGUACAGUAUCCGCAACCAACUAAGGUUCCGCAAUAACCUAGUGAGACACGUGCGGAAGGAUGAGAGGAAGUACUAUGAGGAGCUGCUGAAGUACAGCCGAGAUCACCUGAUGCUCUACCCCUACCACCUGUCAGACAUCAUGGUCAAAGGCCUCCGCAUCACCCCCUUCUCCUACUAUAUCAGCAUCAUGGAGGACAUCAUGAACGUAGAGAAGAGUUACGACUCGCUGCCCAACUUCACUGCUGCUGACUGUCUAAGACUGCUGGGCAUCGGGAGGAACCAGUAUAUUGACUUGAUGAACCAGUGCAGGUCUUCCAAGAAAUUCUUCCGUAGGAAAACAGCGCGGGACCUGCUGCCCUCCAAGCCAAUAGAGAUCUCUGUAGAGGCGUGGUGGGUGGCUCAGACCGGAUACAUCACAGAGGAUGACGUCAGGAUCUGCUCGUUGGCAGAGAGGAAGGCAAUUGAUAAGAUGAUUGAUUCAGGACCCCAGCUGGCCGGAUCAAUGGAGUACAAUGUGGUACUGAGUCUGUACAACAGGGGAUACAUCUAUCUAGACGUACCCAUCUCAGAUGACAGCUGUAUUUCAGUUCCUCCUCUGGAAGGCUUCGUGAUGAACAGGGUCCAGGGAGACUACUUUGAAACUCUUUUGUACAAAAUAUUUGUGUCCAUCGAUGAGCAGACUAAUGUGUCAGAGCUGGCUAAUGUUCUGGAGAUUGACUUGGGCCUGGUGAAGAAUGCUGUGUCUAUGUACUGUCGCCUGGGUUUUGCCCUGAAGAAAGGAAGCUCGUUCAGCUCAGAGCAGCUCCACCCCACAUGGAAGACUGCCCCCUCUGUCAACAGACUGAAGAGCACUGUGGACCCCAAACAGAUGCUGCUGUCGUGGGAACAGGGAAGUCCUGUGAUGGAGGCUGGAUCUUCUGCUACAGACACCACCAGCCUGGAGAACCAAGACAACACCAGUGUGAGCAGCCUGAGUAACCCUGGUCCUGCUGCCCCACCCACCAAGAGGAUCGCCUUCCUGUUUGACUCCACCCUCACCGCCUUCCUCAUGAUGGGGAACCUCUCUCCGAACCUGAAGAGCCAUGCGGUCACCAUGUUUGAGGUGGGGAAGCUGUCAGACGAGACCCUGGACAGCUUUCUGAUGGAGCUGGAGAAAGUAGAGAGCACGGCAGAGGGCGAGGCCCAGAGGUAUUUUGACCACGCUCUGACCCUCAGGAACACCAUCCUGUUUCUCCGCUACAACAAGGAACUAACCACCGACCAGGGCCCUGAUCUGCCUAACAACGGCCUCCCCCUGGAUAUGCUCCGCUGUGAGAGUCUGCUGGGUCUAGACCAGGCCACCUGCAGCCGUGUCCUCAACAAGAACUACAAACUACUGGUCUCCAUGGCACCGCUCAGCAACGAGAUACGACCUAUCAGCAGCUGCACGCCUCAGCACAUUGGCCCAGCCAUCCCCGAAGUGAGCUCCAUCUGGUUCAAGCUCUAUCUGUACCAUGUGACGGGCCAGGGUCCUCCCUCCCUGUUGCUGUCCAAGGGCUCCAGGCUCCGGAAACUACCAGACAUCUUCCAGGUUUUUGACAGGCUGCUGAUCACUUCCUGGGGUCACGACCCCGGUGUGGUUCCUACGUCCAACGUGCUGACCAUGCUCAAUGACGCCCUCACACACUCCGCUGUACUCAUACAGGGCCAUGGGCUGCAGGGUCAUGGAGAGACAGUUCACGUCCCCUUCCCGUUUGACCGGGAGGAUCUCAAAGGAGAGUUCUCCUCCUCCAACAUGUGUGUCCACAAGGCCCUGCUGCUGCUGAGGGAGAAGGUGGAUCUGGAGCACCAGUGUGGUUACAUCACCAUGCUCAACCCCAACAGCAGGCACCGCAGGAGGGCCAGCGAGAGCUCCGACGGCAGGGGAGACAGUCAUCUGGGAGGUGGGUUGGAGGCCAACAGCAGCACAGAGUCCUUUGAGCUGGUCACAGAGGACAACAAUGGAGGAAAGCAAGCGGCAGAAGUGCCGUUGACAGAAGAUGAGUGGGUCCCUCUAGAGCUGUGCUUUGGGAUGCCUCUCUUCAGCUCCGAGCUCAACCGCAAAAUAUGCCGAAAGAUUGCCUCGCACGGCCUCUGUAGCAAAGACAGCCUUCAAGACUUACUUCAUUCCAGCCGAACACUGUCAUUGAAUGUUCUGAGUUUUGUUCAGUCAUUCCAGGAUGGCAGCCAGGGUCAGCCCGACCCUGACAGUGGAGUGUCCGGUCCUCUCAGCCAGCCCCCGGCCGAGGCUGGUGUUCCGCUGCCCGCUCUCAACCUCAUCUUCAAGGAUGGACAGCUGAGGGAGUGGAGUGGACGAGCACCUCCACCCCUCCACAUCUCAGCCCUGCAGAAAGACCAGACCUUAUAGACCCCUCCACAUCUCAGCCCUGCAGAAAGACCAGACCUUAUAGACCCCUCCACAUCUCAGCCCUGCAGAAAGACCAGACCUUAUAGAACAUGUCACCUUAUCUCAAACACUCAUUCAACCACAUAACUAUAACUUCCUGUCUCUGUCCUGCAAAACACCAGCCCACAGUAGCCCCACCCACCCUAAGCCAUCCCCAAGACUUGAUGGUGUUACUUUGGCGUGGCCAUGAGGAGACUGUCUGUACUGGUCAUUUACAGUGGUGAUAGCUGGUGAUGUCUAGACCCUUUAGGCCAGUGGUUCCCAACCUGUUUUGGUUACUGUGCCACCAACUGAAUUCUGCUCUGCCUGGAGUACCCCUGAAGUACCCCGUCAUGAGGAUUUUACCAUUAGGCCUGUGGUCUCACAAGUCUUCUCUAGUAACCCCUGUGGAUAGACCAAAUACCCCCAGGGGUCUUAGUACCCCUGGUUGGGAACCACUGCAUCAGGGCAUCCAGAAAACAUAGGAAACUAUCAAAAGUAUUGACAACACUGUAAUAUUGAGUCCAUAGAGUUCAAUAGAAGUUCCCUUUAAAGUCUAUGUUCAAUGGUUAAUACAUUUGCUGAAUAAUAGAAAAAGAUUCACAAAUAACUGUAUUUUUUUGCUGACCUCAGUAGAUGUUUUUGAUGGACUAAGCCUGGAAUGGUUUGACUAGUUAGUGUCUGUAGAGCAGGCAUGGUCAACCCAUUGAUUCUGUUAGUCACUCUCAUUCAGAUAUAUUAAAAACUGCAAACAUUUCUCCCCACCCUGAAAAUGUGUGGAAUUGCAGUAUAUUUGUUAGAAUAUCUUGCGUGGAAACGCUGACCCUCGAGACACUUCGGCCCUGCAUGAUGGGAACGCUGACCCUCGAGACACUUCGACCCUGCAUGAUGGGAACGCUGACCCUCGAGACACUUCGACCCUGCAUGAUGGGAACGCUGACCCUCGAGACACUUCGACCCUGCAUGAUGGGUACGCUGACCCUCGAGACACUUCGACCCUGCAUGAUGGUUACGCUGACCCUCGAGACACUUCGACCCUGCAUGAUGGGAACGCUGACCCUCGAGCCACUCCGGCCCUGCAUGAUGGGAACGCUGACCCUCGAGCCACUUCGGCCCUGCAUGAUGGGUACGCUGACCCUCAAGCCACUUCGACCCUGCAUGAUGGGUACGCUGACCCUCGAGACACUUCGACCCUGCAUGAUGGGUAUGCUGAUCCUCGAGCCACUUCGGCCCUGCAUGAUGGGAACGCUGACCCUCGAGCCACUUCGGCCCUGCGUGAUGGGUACGCUGACCCUCGAGACACUUCGACCCUGCAUGAUGGGUACGCUGACCCUCGAGACACUUCGGCCCUGCGUGAUGGGUACGCUGAUCCUCGAGCCAGUUCGACAAUGCGUGAUGGGAAUUUAUUUGCAAAUUAUGGGGGAAAAUAAGUAUUUGGUCAAUAACAAAAGUUUAUCUCAAUACUUUGUUAUAUACCCUUUGUUGGCAAUGACAAACGUUUUCCGUAAGUCUUCACAAGGUUUUCACACACUGUUGCUGGUAUUUUGGCCCAUUCCUCCAUGCAGAUCUCCUCUAGAGCAGUGAUGUUUUGGGGCUGUUGCUGGGCAACACGGACUUUCAACUCCCUCCAAAGAUUUUCUAUGGGGUUGAGAUCUGGAGACUGGCUAGGCCACUCCAGGACCUUGAAAUGCUUCUUACGAAGCCACUCCUUCGUUGCCCGGGCGGUGUGUUUGGGAUCAUUGUCAUGCUGAAAGACCCAGCCACGUUUCAUCUUCAAUGCCCUUGCUGAUGGAAGGAGGUUUUCACUCAAAAUCUCACGAUACAUGGCCCCAUUCAUUCUUUCCUUUACACGGAUCAGUCGUCCUGGUCCCUUUGCAGAAAAACAGCCCCAAAGCAUGAUGUUUCCACCCCCAUGCUUCACAGUAGGUAUGGUGUUCUUUGGAUGCAACUCAGCAUUCUUUGUCCUCCAAACACGACGAGUUGAGUUUUUACCAAAAAGUUAUAUUUUGGUUUCAUCUGACCAUAUGACAAUCUGACAAUCAUAUGACAAAUUCUCCCAAUCUUCUUCUGGAUCAUCCAAAUGCUAUCUAGCAAACUUCAGACUGGCCUGGACAUGUACUGGCUUAAGCAGGGGGACACGUCUGUCACCGCAGGAUUUGAGUCCCUGGCAGCGUAGUGUGUUACUGAUGGUAGGCUUUGUUACUUUGGUCCCAGCUCUCUGCAGGUCAUUCACUAGGUCCCCCCGUGUGGUUCUGGGAUUUUUGUGAUCAUUUUGACCCCACGGGGUGAGAUCUUGCGUGGAGCCCCAGAUCGAGGGAGAUUAUCAGUGGUCUUGUAUGUCUUCCAUUUCCUUAUAAUUGCUCCCACAGUUGAUUUCUUCAAACCAACCUAUUGCAGAUUCAGUCUUCCCAGCCUGGUGCAGGUCUACAAUUUUGUUUCUGGUAUCCUUUGACAGCUCUUUGGUCUUGGCCAUAGUGGAGUUUGGAGUGUGACUGUUUGAGGUUGUGGACAGGUGUCUUUUACACUGAUAACAAGUUCAAACAGGUGCCAUUAAUACAGGUAACGAGUGGAGGACAGAGGAAGAAGAAGUUACAGAUCUGUGAGAGCCAGAAAUCUUGCUUGUUUGUAGGUGACCAAAUACUUAUUUUUCACCAUUUUUAAUGCAUUUGCAAAUAAAUUCAUUAAAAAUCCUACAAUGUGAUUUUCUGGAUUUUUUUCUCUCAUUUUGUCUGUCAUAGUUGAAGUGUACCUAUGAUGAAAAUUACAGGCCUCUCACAUCUUUUUAAGUGGGAGAACUUGCACAAUUGGUGGCUGACUAAAUACUUUUUUGCCCCACUGUACUUCUUAUUGAGGUGUCUUUAAAUGUCACAGUGAGACUGGUGUGGUGCUCUUCUCUUCUAUAGCCUAUGGAUCCAUCAUACAGCAUGUUGACUCAAAACCCUGUUCAACCUAGUUUACUUUCAACCAUAAAGGUAUUGUUGUUGCUUGUGUCAUGAUUCCCAGUGAUCAGCCAGUAGUAGUUGGUGUUUUGUUCAGGAACUGGACGCCGGUCGGUUGGUUGGGGGGGGUUUAGAUCAACCUCGGAUCAGAGGAGAGAUUGACCUGAGCUAGCUACUGCCCCCCCCUGCUUUAUGCAAAACAUUUCCCUCUCUGUUUGACUGAGGGAACACCAAAGACCACAUAUUUGUUUUGUGGUUAAAUUUUUCUUUGGGUUUUUCUUUAUCUAUUUUUUUUUGUCUUUUAUUUGUAUUUUUCUACCUUAAUUAUUAUGACAUCAUCCUCUAUCAUGCCCAGUAGACUUCUAUAUCUUUAUCUCUGACCAGUCCUGUACAGACAGGGCCCUCCACUCCCUCGGCCAGUUUAAGAUCUCUGUUUACAGCGACGGCUAGUGUUACUUAGUGACGGCGUCAAUGCUGGUUCAGACCUACCUGGGUUAAACUAGUAUCUGUUUUCUUUAUGCCUGCUGGAGUAACCAGAUUCGUUUUUUUGAGACUGUUGUCGUUGGUUCCACUGUGCCAGCCAAGCUCAAUAAAGCACAGCUCAAAUAUUCAAAGAAAUCUAAUACUGUUUGAACCCAGGUCUGCUUGGGUUAUCCAGACAGCACCAAAGCCUGGACCUAGUCCCUCACAGAGAAGAACCAUAUUAGAAUCUGUGUUCUAGCUAUGACACUGUCUAUUCAUAAUGCUCCUCGGACAGCAGUAGCAGCAGUAGCAGUAGUAGUAGUACCAGCAGUAGCAGUAACAGUAGCAGUAGCAGCAGACUCAUUAGUACACUCUUAAUAGCCGUACUCUGUUCUUCUCCUCGGUUCUAUCUUUCUCUUUUUAUUUGGAUGGAUGUGUUCUGUCCCCCCAUUUUGACCCCAUAGUGGUUGUUUAUUGUUGUUGAUGACGAUGUAGAAAAAAAGAUUAUCAAGAGGACCUGGUGAAGCAUGAUGAGUGUGUAGAGACCAUUGUCUGUGUGUUUACACCAUCACCUCAUCAACCUACCCAAUACCUCCUGCUGUUAUUGACCCCUACCUUCCAUAACUAGUCACCUACCCAAUACCUCCGGCUGUUAUUGACGCCUACCUUCCAUAACUAGUCACCUACCCAAUACCUCCUGCUGUUAUUGACCCCUACCUUCCAUAACUAGUCACCUACCCAAUACCUCCUGCUGUUAUUGACCCCUACCUUCCAUAACUAGUCACCUACCCAAUACCUCCUGCUGUUAUUGACCCCUACCUUCCAUAACUAGUCACCUACCCAAUACCUCCUGCUGUUAUUGACCCCUACCUUCCAUAACUAGUCACCUACCCAAUACCUCCUGCUGUUAUUGACCCCUACCUCCCGUAACUAGUCACCUACCCAAUACCUCCUGCUGUUAUUGACCCCUACCUUCCAUAACUAGUCACCUAUCGAUCUAUCAGACCCCGAUCUGUCUGGUAGCCCUUUAUCAAUACAUCAGUCCCAACCCCCUCCCUCCAUGCCUCACUCCUAACCUCCUCCACAGUGUUAUAGAGGUACCAAUAGUUUUAUAUAAUGUCAACCUUGCGUUUUAGGAGUCUUUGUUGUAGCUUGUUUAAUGGGACUGAAUGAUAAUAUUGAUGCUGUUGUAUUUUAUUAAGUAUGACAUUCCUCCAGAUAUGUGUUCUGCUUAUUACAAAAUGAAAUGUAAAAAGUAUAAAUAAAUAUGAAAUAAUAAAAUAAAUGUGACAUCCUACCCUCCCAAA